AUGGUGCUCGGCCGCCUUACCCACUACGCCUUUGACGCCGUCCUCUUCUCCGCCUUCCUCGCCGGUGUAAAGCGAUCAACAGGUCUUACCCCCAGCCUCUCCUCAGACAAAAUCACCGACAAUGAAACCGCAAAGUCUUGGAUCACGAGGUAUCUUGCCAUUGGCGAGAUUGUCAUGGAUCAGAGUGUUGCCGUCAUGAGUUCGAGCGGUUGGUUUGAGCGUAGGCGAUAG